AAUAAAUAAGAAAACUUGGGAAGGUUUUCAUUUUUCAUCCCUUUCCAAUGUAGCAAGCGUAACGAUAUUCUUCAAGUCAUGGAAUAAGUUUAUGUGAAGAAAAGAAUGGUUGAAAGUUGAAAAGAAAUGCUUUGCACCAAAAAAAGAAAAAGAAAUGCUUUGCUUUGCUUUUCAUUUCUUUCAUUAUCUCUUCAGUGCGAGAAUAUAUUUGACUUUGCAGGGAGCCAGGGACCAAUAAUCACCACAUCUUGCUUCCCACCUGACAAACAGUUGCCAAACAAUGUCCUCCGACCUCGUUUCCACGCCUCUGGCCGCGCUGAGACUCAAUUGGGACGUAUUCUUAAGUUUUCGCGGCGAGGACACGCGCCACAAUAUCAUCAAGAACCUCUACGAUUCAUUGACCGAGCACGGAGUCCGGGUCUUCCGCGACGACGUGGGAAUGAGUCAGGGGGACGAAAUAGCCCCUAGCCUGCUCGACGCCAUCGAAGACUCGGCUGCUUCAAUCAUCAUGCUUUCUCCGAACUAUGCUAAUUCUCAUUGGUGCCUUGAGGAGCUCGCUACAAUAUGCCAGCUAGGGAGGCUGAUACUCCCAGUGUUCUACGAUGUUGACCCUUCUAAUGUUAGGAAACAGACGGGUCAUUUUGAAAAAGAUUUCAGUACUCAUACUGAGAGGUUUGGGGAGGAAAAGGUGAAAAAAUGGAGAAAAGCUAUGCAGAAAGUUGGUGGGAUUUCUGGUUUGCCUUAUGACAACAGCAAAGAACAGCAGUUGAUUCAAAUACUAGUCAGAAGGGUUUUGACAGAACUGAGAAGGACAGUGGGUAUAGCUACAUAUACAGUUGGACUCGAUUCUCGUGCAGACAAACUGAUGAAGUUGUUAAAUGUUAAAUCUAAUUGCACUCAAGUUCUAGGACUUCAUGGAAUGGGUGGGAUUGGUAAAACAACUCUUUCCAAGGCCCUCUACAAUAAACUUAUCAGUCACUUUGAAUGCCGCUGUUUCAUUUCAAAUGUUAGAGAAACUGCUAAAGAAGAUGGCGGUUUGAUAUCACUUCAAAAUAAAAUUCUUUGUGCUCUUUCACCUGCUUUAGUGUCACCUGUGCAUGAGGUUGAUGCUGGUAUCACUAUGAUCAAACAGAAGCUUCCCGAGCGGCGGCUGCUAGCUGUCUUGGACGAUGUGGAUGAUGUAAGCCAGCUCAAUGCACUGGCAGUAAACAGAAACUGGUUUUGUGAAGGAAGUGUAAUUAUUAUUACCACAAGAAAUAAACAUGUUUUGGUUGAACAUCUUGUGAAUGAAGUUCAUGAAGUGACAGAAUUGUAUCCCUCUGAAGCUUUACAACUUUUUAGUUAUCAUGCACUAAGAAGAGAGAAACCCACAAAUGAUUACUUGAAUCUGGCCCAGAAAAUUGUCUCUCUUACAGGAGGACUACCUUUAGCACUGGAAGUGUUUGGCUCUUAUAUGUUUCAUAGGAGGACAAUGAACGAAUGGGAAGAUGCCCUCAAAAAGUUGCAACAGAUUCGGCCACAUAAUCUUCAAGGUGUGCUAAGAAUAAGUUUUGAUGCACUCGAUGAAGAAGAGAAGUGUGUAUUCCUUGAUAUUGCAUGUUUGUUCACUAGAAUAGAAAUGAAGAGAGAGGAAGCAAUUGAUAUAUUUAAAGGUUGUGGCUUUAAGGCUGAGACAACAAUUAAUGUCCUCAUGGAAAAAUCUCUCAUUAAGUUCAGAGAGGAGUCUGGAGACUAUACUUUGUGGAUGCACGAUCAACUUAAAGAAAUGGGAAGACAAAUUGUUUUACUUGAAAACCUUGCUGAUCCCGGUGCACAUAGUAGAUUGUGGGAUUAUGAUGAAAUCAUGACAGUUCUGAAGCAUAACAAGGGGACAAGAUACGUGCAAGGGAUCAUCCUUGACUUCAGAAGGAAGCAUUUUGUGGAGGAGGAUCCAAGUGCUGGCAUGAUUUUUUGCAGUAACUUCCUAGCUGCACUAAAUCCAAACUCGAUCCUCAAGAAAGUUAUUACAAAAAUCAUGAUUGUUUGUGAUAACUUCCUUGCAUACCUGAAAGAAAAAUGGGCACGUCUUCUAAGUCUUCCACGAGGAGAAGAGAAACAGGGUGAGAUAAUACUUAGCACCAGUUCCUUUGAAUCAAUGGUUAAUCUAAGAUUGCUACAAAUCAAUCGUGUGAAAUUAGAAGGGAAGUUUAAAUAUUUUCCUGGGGAGCUCAAGUGGCUGCAGUGGAAGGAAUGUCCUUUGAGAAAUCUUCCUUCUGAUUAUCAUCCUUCACGACUGGCCAUCCUUGAUCUCUCGGAGAGUGGAAUUCAACGAGUCUGGGGUUGGUGCAGCAACAAGGUGGCUGAGAAGUUGAUGGUUAUGAAUCUUCGUCAUUGCCAUAAUCUAGUGGCUAUUCCUGAUUUAUAUGGGUAUAAAACCUUGGAAAAGCUUGAUCUGGAGAGGUGCAUUCGACUGACUAAAAUUCACAAGUCGGUGGGGAAUUUGACGACAUUGCUUUGCUUGAACUUGAAAGGAUGCUCAAACCUCAUUGAAAUGCCGAGUGAUGUCUCUGGGCUAAAAAAUCUUCAAAACCUUAUUCUCUCCGGCUGCUCAAAAUUGAAAGAAUUGCCAGAGGACAUAGGGAGUAUGAAGUCCCUGAAAGAACUUCAUGUUGAUCAAACUGCUAUUUCAAAGUUGCCUGAAUCUAUCUAUCGCCUUACAAAACUUGAGAAGCUUAAUCUGGAUGGUUGCCGAUUCAUAAAAAGGUUGCCAAAAUGCUUAGGUAACUUGAUUUCUCUGAAAGACCUCUUACUUGAUCAAACUGCAUUGGAAGAAUUGCCUGAUUCUGUUGGAUCUUUGUCAAACCUUGAGACACUAAGUUUGAGGCAGUGCAAGUCACUUUCCUCCCUUCCUGAAUCUAUUGGUGAGCUGCAGUCCUUGACAGAAAUUUUUGUUGGUAAAAGUGCAAUCACAGAACUGCCCCAUUCAAUCGGUUCAUUGUCUUACCUGAAGCAGUUAUCCGCUGAAGGCUGUGAAUCUCUAAGCAAAUUGCCAGAUUCAAUCAAGGGACUAUCUUGCAUUAGUGAACUUCAAUUAGAUGGGACUUCAAUUACCAGUCUGCCAGAUCAGAUUGGAUAUUUGAGAAUGAUUGAGAAGCUUUACAUGCAGAAGUGUGCAUUGAUUAGAACUUUACCAGAAGCACUUGGGAGCAUGAAUGCUCUUACUACUUUAAACUUGUCUGGUGCUAAUAUUAUUGAGUUGCCUGAAUCUAUUGGGAUGUUGGAAAAUCUUAUAACAUUGACUCUCAACGAGUGUAAAGAGCUGGAGAAACUUCCAGCGUCAAUAGGGAACUUGAAGUCCUUGCACCAUCUUCUGAUGGAGAGAACUGGUGUAACAGUACUCCCUGAGAGUUUUGGCAUGCUCUCCAACUUAAUGAUAUUGAAAAUGAAAAAGAAAAAAAAAGCAUUCAGAUCUCCUAGUACACAAGAGAAGUUGGUUGUACUCCCAACAUCCUUUCCGAAUCUCUCCUCGCUAGUAGAACUGGACGCUCAUGCUUGGGGAAUAUCUGGUAAGAUUCCUGAUGAUUUUGAGAAGUUGUCAAUGCUAGAGACCUUGGAUCUUGGCUACAACAAUUUUUACAGCCUUCCUUCAAGCUUGAAGAGCCUUUCUCUUCUCAGAAUUCUUUGCUUGCGACACUGUGAAGAACUCGUGUCUCUCCCUCCAUUGCCUUCAAGUUUAGAAGAACUGGAUGUUUCCAACUGUAUUGCAUUGGAAAGUGUAUCUGAUAUGUCAAACUUGAAGAGCUUAAAGGAGCUGAACCUUGCAAAUUGCGAGAAAGUGCUGGAUAUUCCAGGGUUUGAAUGCAUUAAAUCCUUGACCAGAUUAUACAUGACCGGUUGUAGGGCAUGUUCCCUGACAGUAAAGAGAAGACUUUCAAAGGUUUUCUUGAGGAAUAUGAGAAACUUGAGUAUACCUGGAAGCAAAAUUCCGGAUUGGUUUUCUCAAGAAGAAGUUAGCUAUUCAGAGCGAAGAAACCUAGAAAUCAAGGCAGUGAUUAUAUGUGCUGUUGUCUCUGUGGACCAUCGGAUACCAGACGACUUGAGAGAUGAAAUACCAUCUCUACCAGCCCUUCAAGCAAGGAUGUCUAAAGCAAAUACACCUUUAUGCGUAAACACAUUGGACUUACGGGGAGUGCCAAAGACUGAUGAAGAUCAAAUCCACUUGUGUCGGUACACAUAUUCUCAUCCAUUGGUUUCUAGAUUGAAAGAUGGUUAUAAGUUAGCGGUAAAGGCGCCAAAUCCACCAAUCAUUAUAGGCGUUCAACUGAAGAAGUGUGGCAUUCAUCUGGUUUACGAAAAUGAUGAUGACUACGAUGGAAAUGAAGAAUUAUUGGAUGAGAGCCAACUAUCCGUAUCUGCAAAACUAGCUAAGUUCUUCAAUUCAAGUGAAGAAGAUGGUCAGGCCAGUAGAAGUUGAAAAUUUUAAGAGCCAGACUCUGAGGAAAAGAAUAAAGAAGUUUAUUAAGCGACUCUAGUUCUUGUUUACAUUGUUCUUCCGUUGAUCUUUUUAUUGUUAUAAAUGUUCAAGUUUGCAGUUAAUGGGCAGAAUUUCCCAUUUUUAGAUGUGUGAUAUGUAUAGCUUUCAUUUAAACUUUGUCUCAAA